AUGGGGCUGCUUCUAUCCAAGAGGGACAUCAAGAGGACUCCCACGGUUGUUCUGAUGGGCUUGGGCUCAUCUGGAAAGUCCACCCUGCUCUUCAGGCUCAAGACAGGGUUGGUGAUGGAUACUUCCCCCACCGUGGGCUUCAACGUGGUGACCCUGGAUCUGAACAAGAAAACGGCCUUGACAGUGUGGGAUGUGGGCGGACAGGGGGAGAUGAGGGUCAACUGGAGGUACUACCUGGAGGGCUGUAAGGCUAUGGUGUUCGUGGUGGACAGUAGUGACCGGGCCAGUAUAGGGGAUGCUCAGAAGGCUCUGAAGAAUGUUCUGUCCGACAUCAACAUGAAGGGAAUACCUCUGAUGGUGCUGGCUAACAAGAAGGACCUCCCCAACACCAUGAACAUCAGAGAGGUGUCCAACCAGCUGGAGCUGCCCAGCUACAAAGACCGAGCCUGGCAGAUCCAGGCAUGCAGCGGCCUGAAGGGAAUGGGGCUCCAGCAAGCCUUCCUCUCUGUGGCCAAACUCAUCAAGAAGAGCUGAGAGGAGACACGUCAGUGGAGAUAUCACUGUGUGAGAGACACUUGACAAGUCGGAGAUACUGACCAUAUAGUGCACUACCUUAAAAUAGAACAAUAAAGUACCUCAGAAGUAGUGCACUAUAAAGGGAAUAGGGUGCCAUUUGAAAUGCAGAUUAU